AUGACGAGGCUUGUGAAAUCACGGCGCACACAUCAGAAAUCGCGCUUGGGGUGCAGUAAUUGUAAGCGAAGGCGUAUUAAGUGCGACGAGAAAAAGCCCAUCUGCACCAACUGCGCCAACCAUGAAAUCGAAUGUACUUUCUCCGCGCGAGGGAGCUCCGAAGUAUCGUCCGCUGCUUCCGGCUCCAUAUCGACUAGCGAGCGACACCCUCGAGAAAAGAAAUACCGCUUCCGGACCUCUCAAUACACAACCGAGGUCUCGAAACGAACGACCCAAUCACCAACCUUGAAAUCGACAGAAACGCAGCAUAAGGACGUCUUUACAGAAGCGAGCACAGACUUUAUCUCAAUUCCUGACCUUCAACUCUUUCAUCACUUCCUCGUCUCCACCAUACCCACCACAGUCGACGACGAGGAUGGACGUGUAGUCUGGCAAAAUCACGUCGCGCAAUGGGCUCUUGAAUUUCCAUCAAUUCUACACCUGAUCUUGGCUCUCUCUGCGCUACACAUGGGGCACGAGAAACCGGCCUUGCGGGACCAAUAUCUCCAACAAGCCGAUGACCAUUUCACAUUCGGAAUCCAAUCCGUCACUGCCGUCCUUUCCGAACUCAACGCAGACACAUGCCAAAAAGUCUACAUCUCAGCCGUGAUGAUCUGCUUCGCUUAUUUUGGACGAGGACCCCGACCAGGGGAGUAUCUCGUCUUCAGCGACAACGGUCCGGCGGAAUGGCUGGUGCUCAUGCACGGCGUAAAGUUGAUUCUGGAGUCGCACCGUAACAAGGUGUUUAGCGGGAUCCUGGAGCCAAAACCAAACUCGGAUGUUCCGAACAUAAGCCCGUCACUACAAAACGAACUGCAAAACCACAUCGCGCAAGUCCAAGGACUGCAGCGCCUCGUCGAUUUACAGCAUCUAUGGGACGCGGGAGAUCGCGUGAUGUACGUGUCUGCUAUCGACAAUUUAACAUCCACGGUGGAAGAAAUAUACCAAAAGCGCUCCCUCCGAAAAUCAGCAGUGGGCUUAAUGCACAUCCUAAUGGGAUGGCUUUAUCGACUACCCCGGGACUUUGUGGCGCAGUUGGAGCGGAAGGAUCCAUCGGCGCUGGUGAUUCUGGCUCAUUGGGCUGGUCUCUUGAAGUAUAUGGAGUCUGUUUGGUUUAUGAAGGGAUGGGCGGAUCAUGUUCUGAAUGGUGUUUGUGCAUUUUUGCCUGCUGAUCUGUGGGUGUGGAUUGAGUGGCCAAUGGAGCGUGUGCAGGAGGAAUAA